AUGUCCCGAACAAGGUUUGUCCGCGAUGAUCUCAUGAUCGAAGAGGACGCCACAGUCAAUGUUGACUAUCUCGCACAUUCCUGGACAUACGAGGAGAUGUGGGCUACUAGAAAACAUGUCCGCCAAAUAAUCCAAGACAGUCUUGUCAGAUGUCGGUUCGAGAAUGCUCUUUGGAGAGCAUGGUUAGCAUCGACUCGGCAGGCCAUCCGCAUGCCAGCGGCGUUUAUCUCUUGGGACAAAGAUAACGACAUUACCUGGCUCUACGGCCCACUGAAGUCUAGUAGAAGCUCCAGUCCAACACCGAACGAAGCACGCUCGACACAAGCCCCCAGAAAACCUUCCCUGAAGCGAAAACCGAGCAUAUGGGAAGUCCCAGAGUAUCCUUCAGCAUCUAACGACUCCACAAAUGGGAGGUCUCUGCUUGGCCGAAUCUGGAACAUAACCAUUUAUUCAGUUCCUAGUAUAAUCCUCAGCUCGAGCCAAGACUGGAACAAGCGAAGAAAGUUCCGUGUCCGAUUUGAAGAGGAGGUACAGCAAUGCCAGUAUUCGCGUGACGACAAUACAUUAUCCCAAUACAGCUACAACUAUAAUCAUCCUUACUUUCCGGAAGAGGCUGAGCUUUAUGAAAUCCAUCACUGUCCGUAG